GAGCACCUAAUAAAAGAUAAACCCUAGUUGCAACCCGUGGAGUAGGUUACUGACCGAACCACGUUAAAUCUCGUGUUCUUAUUUUCUGCUAUUUGUGUGUGGGUAUUUGUUCGCUUCCGCUUGACCGCUUCUGAUCUCUGAUUCCUAACAAAGCUAAGAAUCAUUUUUAAAUUAGUCCCAAACACCCUCUAGGUGGUCAAGGCGCAGUCCUCCUACAUAUAAAUUGGUGGUUCUAUAACACCGACUUUAUUUGUGAUAAGAAUUGGGGUGAAACGAUGAAAGAGUGAUUGGUUUCUCAGUUGAUUUCUAUGUUCUGUUGAAUGCAUUAGAUCAAUCACAGUGAUAAAGUUACCAUGGAAGAUCAUGCCUAUGAAGUUAGAGGAACCAAAGGUCUUUUCUCCUGGGAUUACUUAUUCUCUUUGCGAAGCCCAUUACCAGUGAAGGCUGGUGAGCAAGUUUUCAUCCAAUAUGAUCUGAAGAAGAGCAAUGCUGAUUUUGCGCUGGACUAUGGUUUCAUUGAUUCAAGUCCGUGUCGUGAUUCAUUUACACUAAACUUGGAAAUUCCCGAGUCAGAUGAGUUUCAUGGGGACAAACUGGACAUUGCAGAGUCAAAUGGUUUAGGGGAAACAGCAUACUUUGAUAUAAAGUUGGGCCAACGUCUUCCACCUCAAAUGCUUCCCUACUUGAGGUUGGUGGCACUUGCGGGACCCGAUGUCUUCUUGCUCGAGUCAAUAUUCCGGAACUCCAUUUGGGCCCACCUGGAAUUACCCGUUAGCCGUGCAAAUGAGCAGCUCAUAUGUAGAGUAAUCCGAGAUGCUUGCGCCUUGACACUUUCCGGAUAUCAGACCACUCUUGAAGAGGAUGAGAAAAUGAAAGAAGGAAACCUCAAUCCUAGACUUGAGAUAGCCAUAGGAGUGAGGGCGGGGGAGAAGAAAGUGUUGAGACAGAUAGACAACAUUUUCCGGGAGAGAGAAGAGGAACUCGAUGAAUUGGAAUACUACCAAGAGAGAAGGCUCAAAGAUCUCGGCCUCGUUGGAGACCCGGGCGAAAUCAUCUUCUGGGAGCCUAAAUAGGAAGUUCCUAUAUUAUACAUUGGAAUUGUACGAUGUUUAUAUGCCCGUUUACAAGUUAAAGAAUAUAUUCAUUUCACACAUUUAUUUCUUCGCAUGUAUUUGGAGUAUGCACAUUAUGAAAUUGAUCGUUUUGUCCCAAAGAAAAUUUCUCAUUUAGU